AUGAAAAUUGUAUUUAUCUCUAUUGGAACAAGAGGUGAUAUUCAACCAUCGUGUGUUUUGGGUCAAGAACUCAAAAAGAGAGGUCAUCAAGUAAGAAUAGCUACAGAGGAAAGAGUAAAAUAUGUAGUCGAUAAAUAUGAUCUUGAAUAUUUCGAGAUUAUAGGAGAUUCUUGCGCAUCACUAUUUGAUGAAACAGAAGAAGGUAGAAAAUGGAUGAAUUCUUUAUCGUUGGAAGCUCUUCUCAAGGAGAAAAAGAAUUUGGACAUGAAUACACCCGGUCGCUUUGAGUCUUUUUAUUAUGCAUGCGAAGGAAUGGAUCUAAUUUUACCUUCUGCUUUGGCAUAUACUGAAGCGUUUAGCAUCAAUGAGAAACUAGGCAUUCCAUUUAUUCCAUUGUGGUUGCUUCCUACCAUGGGUACAGGUGCAUUCCCACAUAUGUUCUUGACAGAUAAGAAUUUCUAUUUUAAAUUUUUAAACAAAAUGACCUAUAAAAUGAUAGCAAAAGUUUGUUAUAAACAGGAAGCAGAUAGAGUUGCAGUUUGGAGAAAGAAUUUUUUACAACUUGGUCCACUUCCAAAAUCGAUUGCUCAACAAAUGAUGGAACAUACUGAUCAACCAGUUAUUAUGGCUUUCCAUGAGAAGAUUUUAAAAUCUGAAAAGAGACCUUCUGAAUGGUCCGAUAAUAUAUGUUUGCCCGGUUUCAUGUUCCCUUCAACAGAAAACACCUCGCCAAUGCCAGAAAAAGUUGCCAAAUUCUUGGAAGCUGGUGAACCACCUGUUGUAUUCGGUCUUGGAAGUAUGCCAAACCCAUACGGGGCAAAAGUUGUUCAGAUUGUAAAAUCUGUCAUUAAAAGACUCCAUCUUCGUUGUAUCUUCCUUAAGGGUUGGUCCGUCAUGAAAGAUAUGAAAGACGAAGAAGAUAUUAUCUUUGCCGAUAAUAUCGACCAUGGAUUGCUCUUCCAGAAGUGUUCUGUUAUUAUCCAUCAUGGAGGUGUUGGAUCGACCGCAGCUGCAUUGCGAUCGGGUGUGCCAUCGAUUGUCACCUGGAUGUAUUUUGACCAACCCUACUGGGCCAAGAGAACCGAGGAGAUGGGAUGUGGCAGACAAAUUAAAUUGAAUGACAUGACGGAGCCAAUGCUACUUGAUGCACUCAAAGAUAUCUAUAGAAACAGCUCCUACAAGGUGAGAGCAUUGGAAGUUGCCAUUGAAAUUAACAAGGCCAAUGGGAGCAAGGAUGCAGCAGAUUUCAUUGAGCAAUCUCUUGAGAAAUUCGACAGAGUCAAGAACACAACCACAGUCAAGAUUAAUGAAAUCUAA